UAUACAACAAUAAUAACAGAUGUGUCUUCGACUCUGACGUCAGAGGGCGCUCGGCAGGGCGCAGCGGGGCGGCCCCGGGCGGCCCGGACUCAACAGGCUUGGAGUGCAACACCGUAACUCUUCCCCCGCAGACACUGACAGUCCUAAAGUAUCGUUCUCCGGAGCAGCAGCCGCCGCUCCGUGCUGCUGUCACCAUGUCGAGCAGAAAGCCCCGUGCGGUGGCGAAUCCUUUGGAGACCACCACGACCGCACCCGGGGAGCGCAUUCUAAAGGAGUGCCACAAUCUGUACGUCGACAGCGAACACGGUCUGGUGAAGAUCGCCAGCAGUGUGGACGUGCAUCUCCUACCUCCACGGAAGAAGAUCUUCGUGAUGAUAAUGGGAAACCACUCGGCAGGGAAGAGCUCCUUCAUCAACUGGUAUAUUGAGGAGCACAUUCAGAAGACCGGCGUGGCUAUUGAGACUCAAGGCUUCACCUUCAUCACAAGCGGUCGCAAGAGAGAAUCACUGACGGGAAACGCCACCUUGCACCUCUACCCCCACUUCAGACCCCUCCUUGAGUUCAAAGGUGUGACUGACUACCUGUCCGCUGAGGUCUCCAGCUCCAAGCAGAAGAAGUUCAGCCUGCUGACCUUCGUGGACACGCCCGGCCUGGUGGACGGAGACAUGGUGUACCCCUUCAGCGUCAACAGCGCCAUCACCUGGCUGGGGAAGCAGGCUGACCUGGUCCUGGUGUUCUUCGACCCGAUGGGUCAGGCUCUGUGCAAGCGGACCCUGAACAUCGUGGAGCAGCUCAGCGACGCCGUCGGAGACAAGCUGCACUUCUACCUCAGCAAGGCGGACGAGGCGGGCAACGAGACGGACCGGCAGAGGGUGAUGAUGCAGAUCGUACAGGAGCUCUGCCGCCGGCCUGGCCUGAACAAGUGUGGCUUUGAGAUGUCCACCAUCUACAUCCCUAACCCCCAGAAGCCGAGCCGCUGUGUGAACCAGAUCGAUGGUAUGUGCCAGACCAUCGAGAAGACCAUCAACCAGGCGGUCCAGAAGACCCUGGACCAGCUGGAGAAGGACUGCAACCUCAUCACCUCCACUAUCAAAGACCGUCUAGCCCAGGACCGGGCGGACGUGAGCCACAACAGGAGUGUGCGUGUGCACUCCUUUCUGUGCGGGCUGCUGGGCGUGCUCCUGCCUGCGCUCUUCAUCCUCAGCUUCAUCGUCAACACCUUCGCCAAAGAGGAGCUGGACGGCCUGGUGGGGGAGGGGGGGGCCAGGGUUCUCUCCGUCUCCACGGCCGUCUUUGUGUAUCUGUGGGCGUGGAUACCGGAGGACGGGCAGGUCGUCGUGGUGAUGGUGUUUGGUGCUUUCUGCUACCUCCUGAUGUUUCUAUCCAAAUACUUUGCCCGUCAGGGCUGUAAUACUCUGAGCAAGAAGGAGAAACGAACCCUGGCCGACUACAGCGACUACAUCCACGACGUCGUCCGACUCAAGAAGGUGAAAUUGUACGAAUCGUACCUCCAACAAUGUGCAGCUGAAGGUGACUUUUAGUCCCUGUGGAAUGUCAAGGAGAAUAUUUUGGAACAGCAUAUAGAACAAUAUUUCACUAUUCGUCCAAAGGCGUAGGCAACAAUAAGACAAUAAGCGUUUUCUGAGAGGCACAGGACAGAUCUGUUGUCUCUCUCUCUGGGAACUUUGUGGGCUUUUUGAUUCAUUUCAUAAGCAAUAUGUCUAAUUCAAAGUGAAAGUGCCUUUUCUUUCUUAUUCAAUACAAGGACAUCUCUGUCUGAAAUAAUCCCAGAAAAGGCAUUCUUUUUAUAAUGUGAAUGUAUUUUUCAUUGUUUGUGAAACAUUAGUUCUGGAAAGUGCUGUUUACAAGUGCUGUUUGCACUCUUUAACUUUUGAAGAUUUGGACUAUGACUUGCAUUGACGUCCUGCCAGCAGAGUUUCAAACCGAUUUUUCUGGCUCUUUAGAUAACAGUCCUCUGAAAAUGUGCAUGUUGUUAACACACCAAAACAAAACGUGUGGUUUUCACUAUUUUGCCAGAAGAGAAAUCCUUAUUGUUGACUCAGGAAUCCCUUCAGAUGUUCCUGAGGUCCCCAUUCACAGCCAUCUUGUGUGAUCUAUGGACUGAUCAUAAACGGAUGACUAUGAGGUUAACUUUACUAGCUUUACUUCGGAUGAUCAUGUGUCCUCAAAAAGAAUCCCAGCGUACAGGUCUUAGUGUGUUCCCUGUCUUCUCCCUCCAUGUCUGGUCAUGUGUCUGCAGGGUUUCAUGUUCUCCUGUCGUCAAGGGGGUAAACUUGGUGAAGGUGAGCAAUAAUAUAAAAGUAAGGGCAUCAUGUUAAUAAAAUAGUGUCAAUAAGGGAGGCCUGAUUAUAUAUUAUAAUGUAUUUAUUUCAUUAUGUGGCCACAAUGUCUUAUAAAGAAAGGUGCUCUUUCCCUCAUUUACUUUCCUUUGAUACGUCUAAAUCUCAAUGAUGUGAUCCCAGUAACUCAGUCGGCUUUCCUGUCUGUGUUCAUGUUAUUCAGCUGUGAAACUCUACAAAGCACUGAUGCUUUUUACCCACUGCCAUUUUGUACUAUUCUCUUAGUACAGACUCAAUUUAAGGGUUGAUGCAAUUCUUAGUUUUUUUUUCAAUUGAACUACAAUAUACAACCUUGACUCCAUUGUAUAUACGUAUACACACCAAUCAUAUGUGAUCUGACACUGCCUUGAAAUAGCUGUGAAACUGUCCAUAAACAGGUAAUGCUUUUGUGGGAAAUUGUCUAUAUUGUUUACCUUGUGGAUCUGCAACAUUUCCGAUAAAUAUAAUAUAAGUCGAUAAAUAAAAAAAAAAAAUCUUUCCUCGAUUAUUAAUUGUCUUUCCUCAACAUUAUUUGAUCUCAACAGUUCACCUAUCUAGUACUCAGUAACAGACCAUUCACCUAUCUAAUAAUCAGGAACAAAUAGUUCACCAAAUAGUUCUAGUAUUCAGGAACAAACCGUUCACCUAUCUAGUAAUCAGGAACAAAUAGUUCACCUAUCUAGUAUUCAGGAACAGACCAUUCACCUAUCUAGUAAUCAGGAACAAACAGUUCACCAAAUAGUUCUAGUAUUCAGGAACAAACCGUUCACCUAUCUAGUAAUCAGGAACAAACAGUUCACCUAUCUAGUAUUCAGGAACAAACCGUUCACCUAUCUAGUAAUCAGGAACAAACAGUUCACCGAUCUAGAACUCAGGAACAAACAGUUCACCGAUCUAGAACUCAGGAACAAACAGUUCACCGAUCUAGAACUCAGGAACAAACAGUUCACCGAUCUAGAACUCAGGAACAAACAGUUCACCGAUCUAGAACUCAGGAACACCCCGUCCUACCUGACGGCCCUCUAACACCUGUUCUCACAGGCUAGCGCUUUAAUCACCGCAAAGAAAUCCGCAGCCAAAGGUAGAAUGAAAUAAAUGUUUGGGUCAGACCAUU